AUGCAAGAGAAGUUGAAGGCUCUAGAUCCUUCGAUUGCAGCUAGAAUCAUCCCUGACUUUGCACCUGGCUGCCGCCGCCUUACACCUAGCAGUGGGUACCUUGAAGCCUUUUCAGCCGAUAAUACCGAAAUGUGCCGGAAAGAUAUUGAGUGGGUCACUGAAACUGGAAUCCGCACAUCAGAUAGGGAAGAGGAGGACUUUGACCUCCUUGUCUACGCAACAGGGUUUGAUACGUCGAUCAUCCCGCGCUGGAAGCAGAUCGGGAAGAAUGCAAUCGAUUUGAAGGAACAUUGGAAGAAUGACCCCGAGGCGUUCUUUAGUGUUCAUGUUGAUCAAAUGCCAAAUUAUUUCAUGAUCGGUGGACCAAAUUUCCCCGUUUCGCACGGCACUGUGACCACUAGGUUUGCUAUUGUGUGUGACUAUAUCUUGAAAUGGACGAUGAAGAUUGCCACGGAGGAUAUCAAGUAG